AUGACACUGGAGUAUCACAAAUUUUUGGAGAGAUCCAAAAAUAUAACAGAAGUUAUACAAGUUGAUGAAAAAACAUUUAACGUUCAAAGCGAACAAACAUUAGAGCACUACGUAGUUGAUAGCGAAAUUAGAUUUUGCACUUGUCCAAGUGGAAGUGGUGGACGCUUUUGCAAACACCUACUAGCAGUUGAGAAUAAGUACGGUAUUAUGUUCAAAUCUUCUUUGCCGCUGUCUGAAAAGGAUCGCCAACAGCUUGUAUAUCUGGCUCUAGGAAAAAAAGUUCCACUUUCUUUUUUUGAAGACAUCAGCGCACCUGCUCAUGAAAAAUCAUCAAAUGAAAACACAUCUGACCAAACUGCAUCUGAGCAAGUGAAGCUGGGUGUAUCAUCUCAGUUCAACAUGCCUAUUGACCAAAUGGAUCUUGACAAUUACAAUAACAUAGUCUACAAAAUAAAUUAUCAGUUUACACGCAUUGGUCAGGUUUUACAAAGUGAUGCAAAUACGAGCCAUAUACCACAGUUACAGAGAACAAGCAACACCUAUAUCUCAAGCCGAAAAGCUAGAGGUACCUAUUUCAGCCAAGGUGGCAAAAAGCAACCGUAUAAUAUAGCCUUUGAUACUAAAAAUCAUUUACAAUAUGAUAAAAAAUAA